AAGCCAAACGAAUGCAGAGAGACAGCAAGCGAGAAAACAAUUUCUUCGUGAGAAACAGAAGGAAAUUGCGAGAAAAUAAGGGAAAAUAGUUGCAGGGAGGGGUCUCGGCUUUUACUUAUGGUCCCUAAGGGUUUUCAGGUUCGGCAUUGUCAGCUCUCUGCAACAAUAGCUUCCCCCGUGUGACCUCCCCUCUGCCCCUUCAUUUCUUCGCAAACAGAAGAAAAAAAGCCUUAAAUUGCCGACACUUUGAGAGAGCGAAAUCAUUAACAAAGUUGUUACACUUAUUAACACAUAGAGAUACAGAGUCAAGGCUUGAGGAGCGAAAAUCUGAUUUGGAGGGAAGAGAUUUGAUGUUUAUAGCAACCGCAUUUCUGUUGGAAUCGAAGAAUUCCUUGAUGGUGCAUUGGUAUUGGAGUGGUGAGGGAAUCUAGGUUCAUUGGCUUGACCUUGGAUCUAAAUCUGAUAAAUUUCUGUGGUCGACAUGGUUGCUUCUCGAAGUUUACUGGUUGGAUCUUCCGUUUGGGUGGAUGAUCCUGAGGUAUCUUGGGUUGAUGGAGAAGUGUUGAAAAUUAAGGGUGAUGAGGUUACAAUAAAAUGUACAUCAGGAAAGAAAGUUGUUGCUAAAGCAUCUGAUGUUCAUCCAAAAGAUCCUGAAUUUCCCCCGUGUGGCGUGGAUGAUAUGACAAAGUUGGCAUAUUUGCAUGAGCCGGGGGUUCUGUACAAUCUUAAAUGUAGAUAUGACGAAAAUGAAAUAUAUACUUACACGGGAAAUAUAUUGAUUGCGGUGAACCCUUUUAAAAGAAUUCCACAUUUAUAUGCCAGUGACAUGAUGCAACGGUAUAAAGCGGCAGCAUUUGGUGAGCUGAGUCCACAUCCAUAUGCUGUUGCAGAUUCAGCUUACAGACAGAUGAUCAAUGAGGGAAUAAGCCAGGCAAUAUUGGUUAGCGGGGAGAGUGGUGCUGGUAAAACAGAGAGUACCAAGAGUCUUAUGUGUUAUUUGGCCUAUAUGGGAGGGAGAGCGGCAGCUGAGGGAAGGUCUGUUGAGCAGAAAGUUUUAGAGUCCAAUCCUGUUUUGGAAGCAUUUGGUAAUGCAAAGACUGUCAGGAAUAAUAAUUCAAGUCGCUUUGGCAAGUUCGUGGAGCUCCAGUUUGAUCAGAGAGGGAUGAUUUCAGGGGCUGCCAUUAGGACUUAUUUACUGGAAAGAUCCCGUGUUUGUCAAGUGUCUGAUCCCGAAAGAAACUACCAUUGCUUUUACAUGCUGUGUGCUGCUCCUACGGAGGAUGUCAAGAAGUACAAAUUAGGAAACCCUAGAAAAUUCCAUUAUCUCAAUCAAUCAAACUUCUUUGAGCUGGAUGGAAUGGAUGAGUCCAGUGAGUAUCUCGCUACUAGGAGGGCUAUGGAUGUUGUUGGGAUAAAUGCUGAUGAGCAGGAAGCAAUAUUUCGAGUUGUGGCUGCAAUACUGCAUCUGGGUAAUGUUGAGUUUGGAAAGGGAGCUGAAGCAGAUUCUUCUGUACCGAAGGAUGAUAAGUCGCGGCUCCAUCUCAGGACUACGUCUGAACUUUUCAUGUGCGAUGAAAAGUCUCUUGAGGACUCCUUAUGCAAACGUGUGAUUGUGACCCGUGAUGAGAGCAUUACAAAAUCACUUGAUCCAGCUGCAGCAACUGUCAAUAGAGAUGCUUUGGCUAAAACUGUCUACUCACGGUUAUUUGAUUGGCUUGUGAACAAGAUUAACCACUCUAUUGGUCAAGACCCCAAUUGUAAAUCUUUGAUUGGAGUUCUGGAUAUAUAUGGUUUCGAAAGUUUCAAGACAAACAGUUUUGAGCAAUUUUGUAUUAAUUUGACCAACGAAAAACUGCAGCAACAUUUCAACCAGCAUGUUUUCAAGAUGGAGCAAGAAGAAUACACAAAAGAAAAAAUUGACUGGAGUUACAUAGAUUUCAUUGAUAAUCAGGAUGUCCUUGAUCUCAUUGAAAAGAAACCUGGAGGCAUCAUUGCUCUUCUUGAUGAAGCUUGUAUGUUUCCUAGAUCAACAAACGAGACAUUUGCACAGAAGCUUUAUCAGACUUUUAAAGAUCACAAGCGCUUUAGCAAGCCUAAGUUGGCGCGUAGUGACUUCACUAUUUGUCAUUAUGCUGGUGAUGUAACAUACCAAACUGAACAGUUUCUAGAUAAAAACAAAGAUUAUGUUGUUGCGGAGCACCAGGCUCUCCUUAGCGCGUCCAAAUGCACCUUUGUUUCAGGACUUUUCCCCCCAUUACCUGAGGAUUCUGCGAAAUCAUCAAAGUUUUCAUCAAUAGGAACUCGGUUUAAGCAACAACUACAAUCUUUGCUUGAAACACUGAGUGCCACUGAGCCACACUACAUUCGUUGUGUAAAGCCAAAUAAUGUACUAAAGCCAGCCAUCUUUGAGAACAGUAAUGUUCUACAGCAACUACGUUGUGGGGGAGUCAUGGAGGCUAUUAGGAUUAGUUGUGCAGGAUUUCCCACUAGGAAAACUUUUGAUGAAUUUGUUGCUCGUUUUAGCAUUCUGGGACCAGAUGUUCUCAAGGGGAGUAAUGGGCCUACUGCAUGCAAGAAGCUUUUGGAGAAGGCGAACCUUCAAGGUUAUCAGAUUGGCAAAUCAAAAGUGUUCCUUAGAGCUGGUCAAAUGGCAGAACUAGAUGCUCGUCGAAGUGAGGUGUUAGGAAGAGCAGCAAGGCUCAUUCAAAGGAAAGUUCGUUCAUACUUUUGCCGCAAACGCUUCAUCCUAUUGCGGCAGUCUGCCAUUGAUAUCCAGAAAGUGUGCAGAGGCCAACUAGCACGCCAUGAGUACGAGUGCCUAAGAAGAGAAGCUGCAUGUCUGAUAAUUCAGAAAUAUGGUCGGAGGUAUCUUGCACGGAAAGCUUACAACAGGUUGUGCUGUUCAGCUGUUCCUAUUCAGGCAGCUAUGCGUAGAAUGGCUGCUUGUAGUGAGCUUCUGUUCAGGAGGCAGACAAGAGCUGCAACUGUUAUCCAGACUCAGUGCCGAAAAUACUUGGCCUCCCUUCACUAUUUGAGGUUAAAGAAAGCAGCAAUCACCAUGCAAUGUGCCUGUAGAGGAGAAGUUGGGCGUAGAGAACUUCAGAAACUUAAAAUGGCUGCUAAAGAGACAGGUGCCCUGCAAGAGGCCAAGACUCAACUGGAAAAGCAAGUUAAAGAACUUACUUGGUGUCUAGAGCAGGAGAAAAGAAUGAGGGCCGACCUUGAGGAAGCCAAAACACAGGAAAGUGCCAAAUUACAUUCUGCUUUGCAAGAGAUGCAACUUGAAUUCCAAGAAACCAAAGCACUGCUUAUCAAGGAAUGUGAGGCUGCAAAGAAAGAGAGUGGAAAAGUUCCUAUCACAAAGGAGGUCUCAGUUGUUGACCAUGAACUAGUGAAUAAACUUACUGCUGAAAAUGAGAUGCUCAAGGCUAUGGUAAGUUCACCGGAAAAGAAAGAGAGUGGACAAGUUCCUAUCACAAAGGAGGUCUCGGUUGUUGACCAUGAACUAGUGAAUAAACUUACUGCUGAAAAUGAGAUGCUCAAGGCUAUGGUAAGUUCACUGGAAAAGAAAAUUGAUGAAGCAGAGAGGAAAUAUGAAGAAACAAAUAGGCUCAGUGAAGAACGGUUAAAGCAGGCUUUAGAUGCAGAAACAAAGAUAAUUGAGUUGAAAACUGCCAUGCAGAGGCUUGAAGAACAACUUGCUGAUAUGGAAGAUGCAGAAGUUCUGCGGCGCCAAGCAUUGUCUAGUUCAUCUGUCCAAACAUUGGCAGAACAUUUAGCUGUUACAUCUGAGCCUCUAGAGAAUGGCCAUCAUGAACAACAGAGUUCACCACUAAAACAGUAUGGAACAGAUGCAGACAAAAGUUUUAGAAGAUCUCAGAUUGAACGGUUGCAUGAGAAAGUGGAUUCUUUAAUUAAAUGUGUGGGGCAAAAUCUUGGUUUUAGUCAAGGAACGCCUGUUGCUGCAAUUACUAUUUAUAGAUGCCUUGUCCACUGGAAAUCAUUUGAAGCAGAAAAAACUAGUGUAUUUGAUCGCCUUAUUCCACUGAUUGGUUCCGCAAUGGAGAAUCAGGACAGCAAUGAUCAUAUGGCCUAUUGGCUAUCUAAUACAUCUACACUGCUAUGCUUACUUCAACGGACUUUAAAAGGAAGUCAAAAGCCUCCGGCUCCAACAUCUUUUUUUGGCAGGAUGACUCAAAGUUUCCGUUCAUCCCCUUCUUCCUCCAACCUUAAGGUGGGUAAAGAUACAGUACAGCUGGUUGAAGCUAAAUAUCCAGCUUUGCUGUUUAAGCAACAGCUUACAGCAUAUGUGGAAACAAUGUAUGGAAUCAUUCGAGACAAUUUAAAGAAAGACUUAUCACCGCACCUUUCUUCCUGUGUCCAGGUCCCCAGUGUAUCAGAUAAAAAUGAUUCAGAGUCAGCUCCAGCUGAUUACUGGAAAAAGAUUGUUGAGACCCUGGAUGGGAUGCUAAAUAUAUUCCAGGAAAAUUUUGUUUCUCCAAUCCUUGUCCAGAAGAUCUUUACUCAAAUUUUCUCGCACAUCAACGUUCAGCUGUUUAAUAGUCUUCUUCUUCAUCGAGAGUGCUGUACAUUCAACAAUGGAGAAUAUGUGAAGGCUGGGUUGGACGAAUUAGAACUGUGGUGUGGCCAGGGAAAAGAUGAGUACGUAGGCUCAGCUUGGGAUGAACUUAGACAUACAAGGCAAACUGUUGGAUUCUUGGUUAUACAUCAGAAGUCAAGGAUAUCCUACGAUGAUAUUACAAAUGACCUUUGCCCUGUGCUGAAUAUUCAACAGCUUUACCGAGUAUGCACGCUAUACUGGGAUGACAACUACAAUACUCAAAGCGUUUCCCCGGAUGUCAUUUCCAGCAUGAAAGCUCUGACAGAUGAGUCCAACAACGACGAUAGCAAUUCCUUUUUGUUGAAAGAGGAUCCCAGUAUUCCUUUCUCAAUUGAAGAAGUAUCUAGAUCUCUCCAUGGGAAGGAUUUUUCAGAUGUAAAAGCUCCUUCAGAACUUCUUGAGAAUCCAGACUUCGAAUUUUUACAGGAUUAAGGCUGUGGUUCUUUCUUGUUCUUUUUCCACUUCAUCAUUUCAUCAACAGUGUUCGAAAUUCCAGUCAAUGCCUUGCAGUAAAUGAACCUCCAUUUUUUGUUCUUUUUAUGCACCAUUUUAACAUUCUUUGCCCCUAAUGUAAUAUUAUUGUGAUAAAUUACAGUUGUAAAAAUCUCAUUAGAAUGGUUCUCAUAGUUGAUGGGGCUUUACAGUUUUUUUUUUUGUCGACCAAAUCUUUGCUUAAAAGUCCCUUGGAACUGCAUUCUUUGUAGGAUGGUGGGAAGGGAAAUUUUUGGUGAUGUAGUAUGAUGGGAAGGUGAUGUUAGGGAAUUCUGGCUCCCAAAUUUCAUCAUGUAAGAAGUGUCAUGAAACGGGCCUUUAUAUUUAUAGUAAAAUUCUUUUGGUCA